AUGUACUCGGAGCUUCUAGCGGCGGUCACCGUCGGCCUUCUCGGCGCUGUCACGCUCACCUACAAGCGCACGCACUCGCCGCCGUUGUGCGCGGCCAUUGCCUGCGCCUGUGGGCAGGUCCAAGGCCGCGUGGAUGCGCCGGCCGCGACGCGCUUGGUAUGCUACUGCACCGACUGCAACGCCUUUGCCACCAAAGUGUCCAAGACGAACGCGCCACCGCUGGACGCGAGCGGAGGCACCGACAUCCUUCAGCUCUUCCCGGCCGACCUUACUUUCAGCCGCGGCGCCGAGCACCUCACGGUGGGCAUUUUGUCGCCUGAAACAGCAACCCUCCGCGUCUUUGCGUCGUGCUGCGCUGCCUUUGCGGGUCUUCUCGCGUCGGUGCUCCAAGACAAGUCGCUCGUGCUGCCGCCAAUCCAAUUUCGCAUCUUUGCACGGUCAGCGACAGGACCGGUUCCGGACGCGCCGGUGGCCGCGAAGGCGGUCUCGGUGCGCUUUGUUGUGAACUUUAUCGUGCGCUCGGCCGUGUACCGCGGCCGCGCGUCGCCCGCGCCGGUGGCGUUGACACCCCGCGUUCUCUUGUGA